AUGCGUCGAAAAACGCGCUUCGUUUGCGUCUCCGAUACGCACGGAUACACGCCUUCAGAAGCGGGAUUCAGACUCCCCGCAGGCGAUGUACUGAUCCACGCAGGAGACCUCACAAACCAGGGAAGCGCAUCUGAGCUUCGCAAGACGAUGGCCUGGAUCGUCGCUGCAGAUUUCGAAGUCAAGAUAGUUAUCUGCGGUCAAUACCGGCUACUAAAGCAGGGGCAAGCAGGAAACCACGACAUAACCCUAGACGCCCCGUUCUACAACAGUAACAGCACAAAGUUCCAAAACAAGCAUAUCGAAAUCCCACAAGAGUGCUUGGAAAUCGUCACGAACGCCUCACCAUCUGUCGUAUUCCUCCAGCACCAGUCAGCACUAGUGCGGCUCCGCAAGGCUGGUGGUCCAAACACGAUCUUCAAGGUGUUCGGCUCGCCGUAUUCUCAAUGCGAUGGGAACUGGGCGUUUCUAUACGAGGCCCACGAGGCUGAGCAGCUAUGGCGCGACAUCCCAUUGGAUGCGGAUGUUGUCGUCACACAUAUGCCGCCUCGUUUGCGGUGCGAGCCUGAUAAUGAACGAUCUACGGAAAGACCUGGGGCGGCCGUUACAGGUUGUGUGGGGUUGCGGGAAAGGCUGCGAGCUGUGAGACCGUGUCUUGCUGUUUGUGGACAUGUUCAUGGAGCACGAGGCUAUGAACGGGUUCGUUGGGGUUCAUCUGCAGCUGCAGCUAGGGUGGGCGACGAGGGCGAAAAUAAUCACAUCGAGGAUGAAAUUGUCAAAGGCGUCCUUCCGCCUCGAGGAAGCAAAAAACAGAGCCUAGUCGAUCUAACAGGCAAACGGGCGCCGCGCCUCGACAAUGAGGGCCUUGGCUUUUCUCGCGCGGUAUCGCUUUUCCCGUCAUCUAGUCCGCCAGAUGUCGUGAUACUUCCGUCCAGGCGGCCCGGUUUGCGUCUUGAUCUGGCGGGGAUUUCGCGCUUAAACGCAGUCGCCGACACCGACGCCGAAGCUGAAAGCGCCGACUUAGAGCAAAUCCGAACUCAAAGACGGGAGACAUGUAUCGUCAAUGCCGCGAUCACGGCGACAAACUGGCCGCACCAUGGAGGCAGGAAGUUCCAUCCUGGUCCUAUAGUUGUCGACCUCGAGUUGCCGGUUUGGACGAAUGGUCGUCCCGAAUCAUAG